AUGCAGCCCGCCACGGGCCGGCGGCCGACCGUGGCGCCCGGCUGCGUCGGCCGACCGACAUGCCCGGCGGCCAGGCUGCCGGCGGUCCGGCGGGCGCGCUUCGGGCCCUCGAGGCCGGGGCUGGGCGUGCCGUUGCUCGAGAGGGUGGCGCGCGCGGAGAGGGCUGACAACCCGGAGUCCUGGGGCGAGGAUUUGAACCCGUUCAAGCGGAAGGACAAGGGCAAGGAGGAUGCAGCCAAAAAGGCUCUUGAGGAGGCAUUCCAAGGAAAGAGGGACAUCUUGGCCGACCUGGACACAGAGAUGGGUUCAGGGGGCGCUGAUGGUCCAGGCAGUAGAGGGGGAGGUGGCGGCGGUGGUGGUGGCAACUGGUUUGAAGAUUUCUUUCAGGGAGGGGGCUGGCGGGACACCCUUGGCAACUGGGGAAGGUUGUUCAUGAAAUGGGUCUCUUCGGCCAUGAAGACACUGGGAGCCAUCUUCCUUUUCUUGGGAGUG